AUGCAAGGUUUCUGGAAUGAAGAGGUCAAGCCUUUGUUCGAGAUUUAUUCAUACUGCCCGCCCGACGCCUUUGCCUGUAUUGAGCAUAACCGCAUUGAAAUCGCCCGUCGCAAGCAGCAACACCGGUCAGGGGCCGAGAAUCCACUCCCGCUGAUUCCGCGAUUCACCCGUCCUAGCGACUACUCAACCGUUGGGUUUUGUGUCCUGCUGCGAUCGCACAGCUAUCGACUGGGCCAUGUUGAGGACUCGGAUGAGCUUGCUGAGCUGGGCGAAGGUCCGGACUUGCUCUACUUCAACCGCUCGUUUUCUAGCACGCGCAGUGAUGUUGACGAGGCGCAGCAUUCAUCCGAGGGCGCCGAGAGCCUCUCGUCAGAGGCAUUUGAAUUGGCCACCGAGCACGUCACGGACCAGAUUGACAUCGGCCAGAUUCUCAUGAUCGAUAUCUUGAACAAUGUCAGUCGCCCUCCAGAGCGAUACGCCUUGGAUGUAGACGAGGGUGAGCCUCCUAGCUCGGAUCUGCCGUCAGAAGAGCAGAUUCGCGACCAGCUAGGCCAGGAACCUUCAGUUGACGGCUUCUCUCUUGAUCCGGCAUUCCAGAUAUCUCAGAAUGCCGACAUUGUAACAGUCACCAAUACCCCUGAAGGCAAAUCCCCUGGUAUUCAAUACCUUGUCCAUGCGCUUUUUCUCGGCGCUAUCCGCGACACAGCAGGGCCCUCCCUCUUGGAAAGCACAGCGCGCCUCUUCACAAUGUCAAUAUUCUCCCACCUCCCGGCCAAUAAAACCCUCACUCUCAAAUUUUUCAUCCCAAAGUCCCCUUCUUGGUCGGCCAUUCGCCCCGCCCAAAACGAAGUUCUCGAAAUUCUAUCCCAGCAAACUCAAGAAGAGGACCGAGAAAAUCCCUUCCCCAUCGGCGCCCUGCACAACAUCCCCGCAGGCGACAAUCGACUCCCAACCGCACAACGUAUUACUCCCCAAGAACCCGAAAAAUAUAUGAUCACAGCACAAGGGAAGUCCUGCGAGCUCUUUCGCCUGUUCACAGUUGUGCUCGAUCGCGCCAAGUUUGUCUCUGAGGCCGGAGUUUACUUCUACAUGGCUUAUUUGGAUGCGUCCGAGGAUUCAGACCCUUCCAUGGAGGGCGCUCCCGAUGAUACGCAGGUUGUGCGGGGCGUGGACAUGAUGACGGUUGCUGGGCGGUUGGGGGUGGUUGUUCUUGACGGAUAA